AAGCCCUCCCAAGCAGCUUUACCCAACCAAGCCCUGCCGGAGGGGAGGGGGGAGAGAGGGGUCCCUAUGGCUAAGGACGGCCCUGCUUCUGUGUAAAUAAGCAAUUGUAUAAAUAGUGCUGCUGUGCAUCAUUUUUAUAACAAAAUUGUGGAGAAUGGGACAAUGAGGGUGUUCAAGAGCUUGGUUCUUUUAUUUCUGCUAUCUGUAGUGAGAGGUUCUAUGGUACAGCUGAAAAAUGGUGGCUAUGAGGAUAUUGUUAUCGCAAUUAACCCUGAGUUACCAGAAGAUCACAAUAUCAUUAGAAACAUACAGGACAUGGUCAAAGAGGCUUCUACUUACUUGUUCACUGCUACAAAACAGAGAUUUUUUUUCAAGGCUGUAAAAAUUAUAAUUCCUCUGCAUUGGCCGCCAAAACCUGAGUAUUUAAGUGCAAAAACAGAGUCAUACGAUAAGGCAGAUGUUAUCGUGGCUAAUCCUUCCUUGAAGUACGGAGAUGAUCCCUACACGCUGCAAUAUGGAGGAUGUGGGGAAAAGGGACAAUACAUUCAUUUCACUCCCAACUUCCUGUUAAAUGACAGUUUGCAUAACAUCUAUGGAUCACGAGCUAAAGUUUUUGUCCAUGAAUGGGCCCAUCUUCGUUGGGGAGUAUUUGAUGAAUAUAAUUACGAUGCACCUUUCUAUUUGUCUGUAAACUCUGGAAAAGAAACUAUUGAAGCAACUAGAUGUUCGGCUGAUGUCAUGGGUAAAUAUAUAUUCCAAAGCUGCACAGGAAACAGCUGCACGAUAAGAGACUGUGAAUAUGAUCAACAGACAAAGCUGUAUGAAGCUGGAUGUACAUUUGUACCAGAAAAAACACAAAAUGCCCCAGCAUCUAUAAUGUACAUGCAAAGCCUCCCUUCUGUGGUUGAGUUCUGUGAUCAAAGUACUCAUAAUGAAAAGGCUACAAAUAUGCAGAACAAAAUGUGCAACUACAAAAGCACCUGGGAAGUAAUUAUGAACUCUCCUGACUUCAGUAACACCUCUCCAAUAAAUAGCACAAGUCCUCCAUUUGAGACCUCCUUCUCAUUGCUGCAGACCAAAGACAGAGUAGUCUGUCUAGUACUUGAUGUUUCUGGGAGCAUGUCUGGGAAUAAUCGCAUUAAACGUCUGUCCCAAGCUGCAGAGUUAUUCCUGCUACAGAUUAUCGAAAUGGAUUCGUGGGUUGGAAUUGUCACAUUCCAUUCUAUAGCACAAAUUACAUGUCAUCUACGACAAAUAGUCAGUGUGGAUGUACGCCAGAAUCUUACCAAAUACCUGCCUACAACACCUGACGGAGGAACUAACAUCUGCGAAGGAGUGUGCAAAGGAUUUGAGGUGAUUAAACAAAAAUACUCUCAUCUCGAUGGUUCUGAAAUUGUACUGCUGACAGAUGGAGAGGAUACAACUAUGAGCAGUUGCCUUACGGAUGUGAAAAACAGUGGAUCGAUCAUUCACACCAUUGCCUUGGGGCCAAGUGCUGCUCCAGAACUUGAACAAUUUUCAGACAUGACAGGAGGCUUAAAGUUGUAUGCCACCGAUACAGUUGAUUCCAAUGGCCUAACUGAUGCAUUCAGUGGAAUUUCAUCCAGAAGUGGAAACAUUUUUGGACAGUCUAUUCAGCUUGAAAGUACAGCUCAGAGUGUCGCAGUCAACCAGAGGAUGCAUGGUACAGUGACUGUAGAUAGCACUGUGGGAAAGGACACCUUCUUUGUAGUUACAUGGGAUCGAAGCACAUCUCCACCAGACAUUUCACUGUGGGACCCCAAAGAAAAAGAAUAUAGAACGUCAAACUUCACAGUUAGUAAUAUAAACCUCCGAACAGCUCGACUGAAUAUAGCAGGCACUGCAGAGGUGGGGGAUUGGUUAUAUAUGAUUCAAAAUAACCACACAGAAUCUCAAGUCAUAUCAAUGAUAGUAACCUCUCGACCAGCAUCUUUGACUGACCCACCAGUGAUUGUGAAAGCCCACAUGAAUAAGGAUACAAAUGACUUCCCUAAUCCAAUGGUGAUUUAUGCAGAAGUUAGUCAGGGAUUUUCGCCCGUUCUUGGUGCAACCGUGAUGGCCACUGUUGAACAAGAGACUGGAUCUGCAGUGGAGCUCAGACUUCUUGAUGAUGGUUCCGGUGCUGAUAUUACCAAGAAUGAUGGAAUCUAUUCAAAGUACUUUACAUCUUUCAAGGGAAACAGUAGAUACAACUUAAAAUUGCGUGUCCAGGGGAGAAAUCAGACUGUCAGACUUAGCCACAGGCAGAGCCGAGCCUUAUAUGUUCCAGGCUACAUAGAAAAUGGUGAAAUCAAAAUGAAUGCACCAAGACCUGAACCUAGUGAUGAGGAAAUUCACGCAAAGCUGGGAAGUUUCAACAGAGUUGCAACAGGAGGUUCUUUUGUAGUGAAGAAUGUUCCAUCAGGAGGAUUUACUGAUGUGUUCCCACCCUGUAAAAUUACUGACCUUGAGGCUCAGUUUGAAGAAGAUAAAAUUCACUUGUCUUGGACAGCUCCCGGGAAUGACUUGGAUGAGGGACAAGCUGACAGAUACAUAAUAAAAAUGAGUGAAAGUUUUCUGGUCCUAAGAAACACCUUUGAGGAUGCUACUUCAGUGAAUACCUCCAGUCUGGUACCUAAACCUGCUGGCACCAAAGAAUCAUUUCAGUUUAAACCAGAAAAUGUCACAAUAGAAAAUGGCACCAUAAUCUACUUUGCAAUAUGUGCUGUUGAUAAUGCCUCCCUGACCUCAGAGGUGUCUAAUGUAGUACAGGUAGCUCUGUUUGUCCCUCUAAAGGAAUCCUUGCCUGAUACGCUUCCUACUGAAGUUAUCACUAACAGUGUUCCUACACAGGGAUCCUUGCCUGUUACACUUCCUACUGAAGUAAUCACUAACAGUGUUCCUAAACAGGGAUCCUUGCUUGAUAUGCUUCCUAAUCAUGUUAUCAAUGAUGGUGUCAAUGUUUCAAUAAUAGUAAUUGGGUCUGUAAUAGCUGUAAUAGUUAUACUUACAGCUAUUAAUACAGCUAUCUAUAUUUUAUAUAAGAAAAAUAGAAAGGGAAGCUUUGAGCUCAGAAUGUAAUAAAACUAAUUGUAAGAUGAAAGCUCAGUAGGUAUUUAUCCUAAUUUGUUCUAUUUGUGAUUUUCAAAUUACAUAAGGAAAGACAAAUUUGUAAUGGAUUUGAAAAUUAAGUGCAUUGACUUUAAAAUAGAGGUGGAUUUAUAUGUAUUUUGAUCUGCUUUCAAUGAGUGUAUAGUAUGUUACAGUACAUUAUGUAGACUGAACAGUGAAUUUAAAAGUAUAUACUGAGUAAACUAAGACAUCAGUAUAAUGUGCAGCAUAUAAAUGACAAUCUAAUUGUAUACUUUCAUUUUAAUCUUGCAAGAGUUCUGCAGCAUUAAG